UUGAGAAAAAAUAAUCCAUAUCUGGUAUAAUCUAAUCUAUUUUGUGCUACGCUUUGCGUUCCAUUGUAAUAAAUAUAUCAGUUUAUCCAAUUGUUAGUAGUCAUAAAGCUAAACUAUAUCGUUCUAAUCUACUAUCGUUUUGAGAAGUACUGGAAGGUUUAUUUUAUUGUUACUGAAAUGUGAAUGGUGAAUAAAUCUCAAAGAAAGGACUGGAUUCAUAAAUAGUAGAUUUAUGCCAAAUAACAUAUUUCUGAUUAUUUGAGGCUUAAUUAAUUAAUAAAACAUUUAAUAUAUCGUAACAAAAUGGCAACAUGGAUUACUGAUUUCAAAGUUUACACAUCUAAUGAUCGCGGUUGCUCUGAUUUCUUCUAUGGUCAUGAAAUGCACCUGCAAGAUCUUAACGAAAGUCACGGUGGAAAAUACAUUUAUAUCGGACGUAAACGUGAAAGAAUCACCUCCGAAAAUCAUAAAGACGCGGUAACUUCCUUAGGUUUUCUUGCUUUCUCUAAUAAACAAUCGGAAAAACCAGUCGGUUGGGAAUUCUGGGAUGACCAUGACUUGAACGAAGGUGCGGGUGGUAAAUACAUUUAUAUGGUUUGGAAUAAAGGGGAAAAAUGGCUAAACCCUAUCGUGGAAAUCGACUUUCGUGUCAGUGAAAAUCGGGAAAAUUGCGAAAAGAAAGGUGUUUCAUGGAUAAGAAUAAAUCAGAAUUUAUGCGAGGGUUCAAACGGAAAUUAUAUAUAUUGUUACUACUUCAGGGGAUAGCUUUUUUCUUUUCUGAAAGUCACAUGAUUGCUUAAACGCGUGAUUUUUUAAAUGUAUAUAUGCGAAUAGCGAAGCAUUAUUUCGAUUUGUAAUUCCAAAAUUUUAUUUGGCCAGAAUAUGUCAUAUUAUUUUAGAGCGAAAUAAAAUGCUUC